GGCAGCUACUGAAGUCCUCUAUUUGGCAGGCUUUUUCUGCACAUCCUACUCAUGGCACACUCAUGCAUGCCACCUCAUCCAUUGGCCCCAGGAGCACAUCCAUUCUGAUUCGAAGAAAUUUCUCCUAGUGGGGACACAUGUGGAGAAAGAAAAUGCAUAUGUAGAGGGGUUGGCCAGUAAAAAGUAUAGUAAACUGCAACACUCCUAUCAUACAUAUCAUAAGAUGAUCACAUCUCACAUACAAGCAUGCCUCCAAGAGAUGAGAUGAGAUGACAAGACCUUGUUGCACCACUUAUUGUAAGCAGCAUCAGCAGCAGCAUGAUCGCUGUUGAUGCUGUUCAAAUUUGGGUAGCUGCUUCUUUAUCUGAUUCAAUCAACGCAUUCCCCUUUCCUGUCGCAGUGAGGUGAGUAGGAUGCUUUGUUGAAUGGCUGCAUGCCAAGCUCUACAAGAAGGGAACGAACAGCAAGAGCUGCAGCCAUAUGACGUCUGUGAUCCUGCCGCGUACAGAAUCCCAGUUCUGCUGCCCCGGCAGGCCAGCUCGGCCCCUCUGGCGAUGUCGGUAGCGCCGCCGAAGAUGUCGUCCUCGUUGGGGUCCGGUAGGAGCGCGACGGAGGCGAGGGCUCUGAAGAUCCACAGCGAGGCCGAGCGGCGGCGCCGGGGGAGGAUCAAUGCUCACCUGGCUACGCUGAAGAGAAUGAUCCCUGAUACUACGCAGAUGGACAAGUCCGCCCUGUUAGCCAGAGUGGUAGACCAAGUGAAGGCCCUGAGGAGGAAAGCAAGUGAGGCCACUCAAGGCAUGCCCCUCCCACCGGAGACCAACGAAGUCACCAUUGAAUGUUACACCGGCGGCGACAGCGGUGGCGCCGUCGGCACCGACAAGAUCCUUUACAUAAAGGCAUCUAUCAGCUGCGACGACCGGCCGGACCUCAUCGCCGGGCUCAUCCAGGCGUUCCAUGGCCUGAGGCUGAGGACAGUGAGAGCAGACAUGACCUCCCUGGGAGGAAGGGUGCAACAUGUGUUCAUACUAUGUAAGGAGCAGGGCUGGGGCAGUGAAGGUGCAAGCAUCAGGUCUCUGAAGGAGGCUGUGAGGCAGGCAUUAGCCAAGGUUGCUUCUCCAGAAAUGGUAUAUGGGAGUAGCCCCUUUCAGAGCAAGAGACAGAGGAUCCUGGAGUCACAUUACUCAAUUAGGUCCAUAUAGAAGAUUUCAGCUUCUGGCGAUUUAUGAGCUGAAUGUCUGUAAGAAAUGAUAGAGAAUUCUGCUUAAGAGUACUAAUUGUGUUGUGUAUCAGAAAUGGCUUUUUUACUCUAUUUUUUUUUAAAUGAACUGUGGGCACUGCUGCAAUAAGUUUGCAAUCCACAUGGUCAUGGCCCAGGGUUUACAACUUUACAUGGGGUGUGCUGUAGUAGGACUGUAUGCAUGCAGAAAUGUCCUUCUGCAAAGUCAUAUGAUUGGCUUGACAUUUCAGAGUUUGCGUGAAAAGACAUUGGCACCUUUUGAGUUUUGAA